AUGUCUAUUUUACCGAAAGGCGAUUCGGUUCAAAUUAGAGAGGUUUGGAACGAUAACCUGGAAGAGGAGUUUGCGUUGAUCCGGGAAAUUGUGGAUGAGUACAACUACGUGGCUAUGGAUACGGAGUUUCCUGGCGUGGUUCUCCGUCCGGUGGGAAAUUUCAAGAACAUCAACGACUACAACUAUCAAACUUUGAAGGACAACGUAGACAUGCUGAAGCUGAUCCAAUUAGGUCUCACCUUCUCCGACGAGAACGGGAACCUCCCUAUCUGUGGCAGCGAAAGUCCAUGCAUCUGGCAAUUCAACUUCCGCGAAUUCAACAUCAGCGAAGACAUUUUCGCCAGUGAUUCGAUCGAGUUGUUACGCCAGUGUGGGAUCGAUUUCAAGAAGAACAGCGAGAAGGGAAUUGAUGUGAAUCGGUUUGGGGAGCUUCUCAUGUCCUCAGGAAUCGUGUUGAACGAUGCUGUUCAUUGGGUUACCUUCCACAGCGGCUAUGAUUUUGGUUACCUCCUUAAACUGUUGACAUGCCGAACCUUGCCGGAUACGCAGGCUGGGUUCUUUGAUUUGAUCAAGAUGUAUUUUCCAAUGGUGUAUGAUAUCAAGCAUCUGAUGAAGUUCUGCAACAGCCUCCAUGGUGGACUGAACAAGCUUGCCGAAUUGUUGGAGGUGGAAAGGGUUGGUGUGUGCCAUCAGGCUGGGUCUGAUAGUUUACUCACUUCUUGUACAUUUAGAAAGUUGAGGGAUACAUUCUUCAAUGGCUCGACGGAGAAAUAUGCUGGUGUCUUGUAUGGUUUAGGUGUUGAGAAUGGACAGACUAAUUGA